AUGCGCUUUGUGUGGUGUUAUAAACUGACUUUGUUCAAGUUUAUCCUGAUUCUUAUACCUACAUCACCAUCUGCUGCACAGAAUACCGUUAUUACAGGCAGUUCAUUGUCUUCUAUCACUGGGACGAUCACAAAGGUGUCAUCGGUAGUGGGAGGAGAGGCAAGCCUACCUUGCGAUUCGCAUCCUCCACAACGUAAUGAUAGCCUGCUCCUAGUGGUGUGGUACAGGGACGACAACCCUGUAUACAGUUAUGACACAAGAGUCUCAGGGUCAACCGGUCACUGGUCAGAUGACACGUUUGGAGAUCGAGCAAGAUGGGUCGACUACCCAAACUCCGGUCUCCAGGUGCGGGAUGUCCGGUCUGACGAUAGGUCCAUAUACAGAUGUCGAGUCGACUUCUAUGUGUCGCCAACAAGAAAUUAUAGAAUAGCUCUCGAUGUUAUCGUGAAUGAACACGAGGAUUAA